CGCGAAUCUCAACCGCGCCAGCCAGAUUUCAUAAAUAAAACUUGCACACACAUUUCCAAAAAUUUUGCAUUUUCAAAAUUCGAAUAUUUUCCUGAAAUUCAAUCAAUUACAAUGAUUACUAAAUAUUCACGAUUGUGCAGUUGAUUUUACAGAAUUUUUUGUCGAAAUUUCAUCUUGACGGAUUGGAACGAUGGCUUCUACUAUUUCCACACCCCCCGAGCCACGCUGUCUGUUUUGCAACGAGUUGGCUGUGCCUGCUCCUCAGCCUAGGCAAAAGAACAAGAAGAAAAAAUCCUUAAAGGGUCCUGGGCUCACGCUCCCUUUGGCGCAAGUCCUCUGCAAAGCAUUGAACCUCCCCAGCCCCACGUAUUCUAAUCGACUCCUCCAUAAUCCUGUCUGCGAUGGGUGCAGCAAGCGUGUCGAAGGAAUUAAACACAUCGUCCUCGCUUUGGAAACGCUGCAAAGGUCCGUGCAAGAAUUUCGUCUUCAAAUCAUCAACACCUUGGUGGAAGCUCACUCGACCUACCUGUCACACCAAGAUAAAGACAUCGCUGCAGUUACCAGUAUUCACAAGGCGCAGAAUCUUUUAAGAAAGGAAAUCAUUGAUUUGUUGUCAGAAUGCAAGGAGACCUGUGAAACAAUCACGCCACUGACUAAAUCAACGAUAGUACCAACCUCAUCCUCAUCAAGCAAAAAAGUUUCCAAGAUCAGGCCCAAAAAAGAAUUUCGGUCGGGGAAUGUAGAACCUAAGAUAGAAGAAUCGAUCCAAGAAUCUAUCCUUGGAAUCCAGUCAGAUUGUGAGGAUCUUCCCCAGCACGUGAAAGAAGAAGUCCAUAUCGAGGACGUCGGAUCAGGUUGGACUGUUGGAGAUGAUGGCGAUGUGAUAAAUCAGGAGAACGAGUUACUAACACCAAAAAGGUCACCUUCUCCUCCUCCCUCAGAUCAAAAUCCCGCAACGGAUACUGAAGCCGGUAGCGAUGAGGACCAAGAGUCAGAGAAAUCGGGCGAUGACGAUGACGAAUCCAGUGAAGAAGAGGAUAUCAAAAAACCUAGAAAAAAGAAUGAACGCUGCGCCCUGUGCAAUUCUGCCUUCAAAUCCUUUUUUGAUCUCGACAUUCAUACGAAACGGGUCCAUCUUGGUAUGAAACAACCCUUCUCUUGUACCCACCCCGGUUGUAAACGCACUUUCCGUCAACGCUACCUUUGGACAAAGCACGCCGCUUUGCAUUCCAGUGGGGUCGACCUACUGAAACGAUACGAGUGCGACCAGUGCGGGAAAGCAUACGAGACACGAAACUCUCUUCAGCGGCAUAAAUCUAUUCACUCGGGAGAAUGGAAGUAUUCUUGUCCCCUUUGUCCCCGAGGAUUUCAUCGUCCUUCUGCUCUCAGAGUGCAUCAGGCGCAGGCACACAAUGCCGAGCUCCCAUAUCCCUGCCCCCACUGCGAUGAAAAAUUCACCAACCCCCGACUUCGUCUCGUUCACGUGUCCUCAGCGCAUUUAGAAUCCACGGGGACAAACAAAUCCACUGUUUGCGAAAUGUGUUCAAAAGUUUUUUCAGGGAGGGAUGCGUUACGCUGUCACAAAAUCCAGGUCCACGGUCAGGGAAGUUUCUCCCAUAAUUGUGACGUGUGUGGCAAAGGGUUCGCAAAAAAGAGUUGGCUCGACCGCCACUCCCUCAAACAUGUGUCCGAAAAAACUUUCUCCUGUGACGAGUGUUCAGAGUCCUUCCGCUUCCCCAACUCUCUCGCCUGUCACAAACUCAAACACCGGAAUUUAACCCCGUUUCACUGCUCGCAAUGCAACAAAGGUUUCCGCCUCAAGACGCAGUGCUCCCUCCACGAGGCCACACAUGGUGGAAAGGAGAGUCGAUCUCAUAUAUGCGAAUAUUGUGGUAAAACCUUCGCCCUCGCUGUAUACUUGACACACCACACGAAGCGAAUCCACUUUAAAGAACUGGGAAUGGAGGAGCAGCCAAAGUGUUUUAUUAAAAAUAGGAAACGUACAAAACCUGCUGCAAAUUCUGAGGAAGGAGAAUCAUCGCUUCCACGUCGUCAGAAAGCAAAACGUACUCGACCUCUACCACGACGACCUCCCCCCACCAUAAUUGAAGAAGAGGAGGGAGUAGAACAAGAAGUUGACCUGUGCAAGAUGGAAGUCGACAUCGAGGUGGUGGAAGAAUCCGUUAUUUACGAAGAGGAGGAAAUUUCCCUUCAAGAAGUCGUGCACCAUUCCUCACCAGACAGACAAGGACAGCAGCAGCAGCAUGUGGUCCAAGUCCUCCAAUUGGGAACGGUGACGCUCGACAAGGACAACAAUGAGCAGCAGUUCAUCCAAGUUUUUGUGCAGCAGCAGCAGCGAUGAAAAACCAAUUAAAUGAUCUUAAUCUUAAGUCCAGACUCAAUGACGAAUCGACAAUAUUCUUAUAAUACUUUAAGAAAAAGUGGUACACGAGUUUUUAAUUGUAUUUGAUCCUUCUUUAUAUUUAAUUAAACGAUGUCACAGAGCUAACAUCAUCUCCAGAUUA